AUGGUAGCAUUAUACAGAUCAGCCAAGCCGGCUGCCACCACUGUUGCACCACCAACAGCCGCACCAUCAAAGACUCAGCCUUCCUCCAAAGCGAAAUCAGAUCCUCACCCUCCCUCCCAAGGUCCCAGCUCUGCUGCCAAUUUGACGCAGCAAUCACUACACGUGCUCCAUCAGUUCCUGGCCUAUGCGGAUCCAGAGUCUGCCAACCUACUUCCGCUGACCCACGAUGACGCUUCAUCGUCAAUACCCAUCGGCCACGACCAUCUCGAGCCAGAGAUCCCUAUACCCGAAUGGAACAUCCUCUACACCACCACGUCUCCUCCCCUUAUACCCGGCGGAUUCGCAUCUUCGAUCACUGUCCGUUCGCAUCCCGACCCGAAUCGCUACCUCUUCAGCGUCCAGUCUACUUUGCCAGGCGUCACUGCAAGACAGUUCUGGACGUUGAUGGCAAGUGCAGAGAACAGGAAGCUGUGGGACAACACUGUCGAAGAGGGCGCCGUCAAGCGAUGGCUCUCCACCGAGACCUCCUCGGCUGACCCAUCUGCCGAUACGGCUCGAGCUGUAGCAGCACGCGUUGAGCUUCUUCGGUUCGGAGGCAUCUUCAUGGUCGCCAAAGCCAGAGACAUGGUCCUCCUCAGCGUCGACGCCCGUCUGCCUUCUCAGCCUUCCUCAUCGUGCUCGAUAGCGGAUUGCGCGCAUCAUCAAGGUCCGCUCAGACUUGUGUCAACCUCGCAAAGCACCAUCGACCCAAGUCUACCCCCUCGAAAGGGCUACACGCGCUUUGAGCUCAAAACAGGCGGCUUCAUGGCCGAGGAUCUCGGCGAUGACGGCGUGCCCGAUGCCUUCCGAGCCGCGACCCUGCGAGCUCAGGCUUCUGAGCUCAGCAAGAGCCCUUCGUCCAUAUCCUCGGCGAAAGGCUCACACUUUCGUAAAGGCUUGCUAGCUCUUGGCCGCCGAGGAAGGACCAACUCUUCCGGCGGCUCUGGCAGCAACAUCGCGCCUCCUGUCUGCAAGUCUGUACGAGAUCCUCGAGGCUCAGCCGUAUGCAUCACGCAGGUCUCGGAUCUGGGCGAGAUGGCGGCCUGGGUCCCGGCUUCGGUGAUCAAAAUGGUCGCCUCAACCCUGGUGCCGAGGAGUAUCGCAUCGGUCGCCAAAGUCGCAAAGACCAUGCCUGUCUCGCCAGCUCUGUACCGCGACUUCGACCCCAGCUCGUCGAAUGACGACAGCAUACUGGCAGAGAGCCUUGGCCAAGCAGGAGGCACGUGGUACAAGCACAGAACGCUGCCCGCCAUGAUUGGACAAGGUGUUCUUCGAAAGGCCGCCUCGUUGGCAGACACCAGGCAGACCCCGGAGGCUGUCAAGGAGCCUUCCACGCCGGAGCAGGUUCCAGCCACGCGCUUGUCGGAUGUUCCCGAGCUUCUUGUCACGCCCAAGAAGCGCAAAUCCGUGUUAGUCGAGAGCCGCGUUGUUCCACAAUGUGCAACACCGCAGGCUUCCCCCAGCAAGACGCUAGCUGAACAGAAUGCGAAACCCGUCCUUGCCCCAGCACAAGCACCACCACAGCCAAAGAGCCCGCUACCGCCACGCACCUCGUCCCUUCCCGGAACGCCAGUCAUCGACCGCACUGCUAUCUCCUCCGCUGGCUCGCCCAACAAGCCCACGUCGCCGCGUAGCCCACUCGCUCGACCUGCGAUGCUCCUGGAUCUGCAGAGCCUGGCCCCGCCUUCCUUCGACCCGAAAGGCAUGUGCAAGUCGGGCGGGAGCGCGUCACCGGCUUCACCAGGCAUGUUCACCUCGGCUGACUCGGAUAUGGGCGACGACCUCAUGUCAGCUCCGGCGUCUUCGUUGACUUCUUCGGCUCAUCUGUCCCCGACGCGGAUGAAGAAGCGAUUCAUGGCAGUCACUCCGUCGGACGGCACUGAGACCGUUCCAGGAUCUGUCGCCAGCAACAUCGAAGAAGCUGGUGGUGGGGACUACCUGUCCAAGGGCAGUUCCAACCAGCCUGUCUACGGCCUGGCAGCUUUGCAGUACAAGAGGGCUACUCUGAAUCUCGCGCCUGGCGAGCAACGGGAGGUGCUCCAAGAAGCGGAUGACGAGGAUGCAGGCGACGUGACGACGCGUCCGUUCAUCCCCACCUCGCCGUCCGCGGCAGCACUGACGAUGAGUCCGGCAGAGAAGCGGUCUCGGCUGCUGUCGAACGAGUACUUUGCGGCUCACGUCGACGGCGGCCGACGCACGCAUCAGCGAAGCGACAGCUCUUCAGCCGCCAGCGGGAGCGAGCGAUACGUCGCGAAGCAUGGCGGGGUCGGACAAAACGGUAAUCUGCGAGCGGCGCCCGAGCUCGAUCGAAAGAUGCAGCGUCUCUCCUCUGCCCUGCACGCCGAGAUGGAGCGCAGGCAGCAUUCGCAGACCGGCUUCUCACCACGGUCCUUCCAGUCGAACCAGGCUUUGCCCAGCAUCGAGGUGGAGCAGGAAGCGCCGCUCCCCUCGCACGCAACCUCGGAUCUGGUGGCAUUGUUGGCAGAUGCGCUGUCUGAGUCGAUGCCGUUCAUUGCGGACGACGAGGUGCAGGUGAAAGAACAGGCGCGAAGGGUCAGUGCCAUGCUGCUGGCGGGCUCAGAUGCGCUCGCGCUAAGUCUGGCUCCUGGUGCACGAGACAGCUUGGGAUUGCAAUUGGACGGCUUGAGCACUCCUUCGGAGAUGUCCGAGCCUCCGACCCCUCGAUCGUCCGGAGGAUUCGACAACGUCGACGAGCAGAUGGCCACCGCUCAAGACAAAGGCAAGGCGAAAGAGAUGCGGUCCAAGUAUCCCGACAGCCUUUCUGCUCGACCUGUCAAGUCUGCAGGAGCGCCACAAGGCUACCGUCGCAGCCGCAAGGUCUCCGUCAAUUCGAUCGGGCGAUCCAUCUCUGUGUCCGCCCCACGCGCUGACGUCGUGGCAAACACCGAAAGUGUCAUUUCUUCUCGUGGGGCAGCAGCAAGAAGGGGCCUCACCGCUAGCACUGACGACGGUGCGGCGGAGCCAACAUCAAUAACGUCCUCGGGCUUCACCAACCCAACCAAUUCCAACGUCAGCUCGCAAGUGCUCAACAGCACCGCUGACACCUCCGUCGCCGCGUCCACCGCUUCUCUCGCCGCUGGUCGGAACUCCACCAUCUCCACGACCAAAGCCGUCGAGACGCUGCGCGAGCUCGACCGCACCUCUCGUCGAACGCCUCGCCCGGUCAAGCGGAACCUGAUCACCAGCGCCCCCGUCGACCGGGACAGCGGGUACGGCGCACGCCUUCUCUCCGGUCUGGCAUACUACAGCGGCUACUCGUGGUACUACCCCACUCCCAACGCUAUCGCUUCCGAAGGAAGCGUGACGAUCUCGGGUGGGGGUUUGAACCGACCAGUAUCGACCCGAUCGCGCAUACCAUCACAACACUCGAUCGGACGUCGCAAGACGCGCGCGAACUACAAGUUGGAGAACAAUGCGAAACUUCACCCCUUCCCGGGCAGUUUGGGGAAGAGAGGUGGUGGGAUGAUGGUUCGUGCUGAACCGCGCGCCAGCGAGGCUGGGGAGAGGGGAUUGCCGCCGCCGAUCACGGGGUUUGGCGUGGGCAGGAUGCGCAGGUAUCCGUCGGGCGACGAGCGAGGGAGGGCGGGCAAGAUGCUCGGGGAAGGGUCGAGGACGAGUCCGGUAGAAGAGAGGGGGGUGGAGGAGGACGAUAGUUGGGAGGAUGACGGUUGCGCCGCGGCAGCUGGUUCUGUGCAGAUGGCGAGCGCAGGUGUUCGCACCUAG